AUGGUUGAGGAGUAUGGUGCUCUUCUCUCCAACAACACUUGGGACCUCAUUGAUCCACCUCGCAAUGCUAACAUUGUUACUGGUAAGUGGAUCUACCGUCACAAGAUGAAGUCUGAUGGUUCUUUGGAUCGCUACAAAGCUCGUUGGGUACUUCGUGGAUUUACUCAGCGAGAAGGUAUCGAUUUUGAUGAAACUUUCAGCCCGGUCGUUAAGCCAGCCACUAUUCGAACAACGCUCUCUCUUGCUCUCUCUAGUGACUGGUCCAUUCAUCAGCUUGACGUCAAGAAUGCAUUCCUCAAUGGCACUCUCAUCGAGACUGUUUAUGCUCGUCAGCCUUCUGAGUUCACUGAUCCUCGUUUCCCUGAUAAGGUUUGUCGUCUCAACAAAUCCCUCUAUGGUUUGAAACAGGCGCCUCGAGCAUGGUUUCAGCGGUUUGCUUCGUUCAUUGCAUCGGUUGGUUUCAUUGGCUCCAAGUCCGACAGCUCGUUGUUCGUCUAUCGGCGUGGUGCUGACAUGGCCUAUCUCCUGCUCUAUGUGGAUGACAUUAUCCUGACUGCAUCUUCCUCGACAUUGUUGCAUAGUUUGAUUGCCUCUCUUCAUACCGAAUUCAGUAUGACAGAUAUGGGUGAUCUUCAUUAUUUUCUGGGCAUCUCUAUCACACGCAGCAAGGACAGUUUGUUCCUCUCACAGGAGAAGUAUCCAUUGGAUCUUCUUGACAUAGCUGGCAUGUUGCAGUGCAAACCCAUCUCUACUCCCGUUGAUACUACCUCCAAACUUUCAGCCAAGUCCAGUGAUCCAGUUGCAGAUCCCACCGAGUAUCGUAGUAUUGCAGGCGGUCUUCAGUACCUCACGUUCACUCGGCCGGACAUCUCUUAUGCUGUGCAGCAGAUUUGUCUUCAUAUGCAUGAUCCUCGGGCUAAUCACUUGCUCCUUGUGAAGCGUGUGCUUCGCUAUAUCCGCGGCACCACCGGCCAUGGCCUCACUUUGUUUCGACACAGCUCCAACAAAUUGCUGGCCUAUUCUGACACUGAUUGGGCAGGUUGCCCUGACACUCGCCAGUCUACCUCAGGUUAUUGCGUCUUUCUUGGCACUAACCUGGUGUCGUGGUCUGCUAAGCGGCAGCACACGGUCUCUCGCUCCAGCGCCGAGGCCGAAUACAGGGCAGUUGCAAAUGUCGUGGCUGAAACAUGUUGGUUACGGCAGCUUCUUCAGGAGCUUCAUCGACCGGUGACUGGUGCCACUGUGGUGUGUUUUGUGACAAUGUGA